UAAAUUCUAAAUCUGAGGUGAACAAAAAGAAAAGGCAAAGUUGCGAUUAGAAAAGGAGACAGCCCUAGUGUGUCCGCUCUGAACAAGUUUGGUUGCAUUAGAUGGAGAUCGGAAAGAUGUACGAUGUAAUGCUGGAUGAGGCCAAGCUGUGUCUGGAUGAGCUGAAGGUGGAAUCGUCUUCUGCACCGCCAGUAAAAGAAGAAGAUUCUGGCUACGACGACUACUAUUAUGAUUCAGCCGACGACGAGAUGGAUCCGGUGGAAGAGGCCAAGUAUCUUCAGCAAGUCAGGGAUUCCGAUGGUUUCGACGUUGAUUUUUGCUAUCAUCCAUUUGGUGGGAUAAUGCCCUGUGGAUGUAAUGACUCCGACACACCCUUGGCUAAGCUGGGACUCCACUGUUACAAUAUUGACAAGGGGACAAAUUUACAAUUCAGGGCUGUAAAGAAAGUUAACGCAGAAGCCGUUUCAUUUGUCAAUUACUAUAUUACUUUGGAGGCCGUGGAUCCAGACAACAACCAUUCUCUUGUUGCUUUCCAAACCUGUGUUUGGGAUUCUGCCACCGAGAACAAAGAGCGCUUGAGAUUGAUCACUAAACAAUGCAGGAUUAAGCCUCCUCAAGUGCCUGCUGCUGGAAUUAGAGAAGCACGAGGUUCCCUAUGGCGAUGGGACCCUGAUGCUGUAGAUAAAUUCUACACAGGUGUGAUGCCCAGUUGGCUACAGGAUGAUGCACUUACCGGACCUAAUAAGCUUCAGUUCCAUGAGGUGAAGGACUCAGAACUGCAGGAUAACGAAUGGCUUAAUCUUUACGCUGAAAUUGCAUUGUCCUCAGAGCGGCCCGACAUGGAAACUUAUUUGCCGUUGAAGGUGAAGAAAGUAGUGGUGCGUACAAAGGAAGAUGUGGAGCCGAGUAUGAAGCUGAAGUCGAGUAAUGCAAUCUUCUACAUGACUUUCAAAACCCACAGGGGUCAUGAGUGCAAAGCUAUAAUAAGGCAAACAAGGGAUGGUAUACAAGGACACAUGUGCCUUGAAGUUACAUGCAUGUUGGGAAAGUAGUGUCAUGCUGAGAUCUAGAAAGAAAUGUUGUCCUCCUCCUCUCCUGUGUUUUUUUUUAAUGUAUUUGAUCUUUUCAUGUUUAAGUUACUAUUAUUGUGUGUAUGACUAAAGUCAGCUAACUUAGCAUGAUUUGUUUUCCCUUUGGAUGUUAAAUGUUUAAGAGAUGAUUUAGUUCGUUUUCAAA